UACAUCAACCACCAGGAAAGGGAGAAGUCUAAAGGCAGCAUCCUCCCCAGCAAGUUUUGUUCCAGGCGUCUAUCUGUCUUAUGUCCGCUCUGGAAGUGGUGCCUGUGAAGAAUGACGUCGAGAGGUGCUGGGACUGCUUUCUCGAGGAAGAACUACAGGCUGAGCACCGAGCCAGAGAAGUCCAAGGUCACAGGGAUCGUGAACAGCAGACUGCUGAAUGAUUAUCUGCAUCGUGUCUUUACCAGUGCUGAUGGGAACCAGUCUGCAGCUGCUUACAGAAAGCACCUGACGUUCCAGAACCUGCAGGAGCACCUUGACCACUUGUUAGCAGAGGAGAAUGGCUCUGAAGACAGUGGAGAUCAGGUAGCAGAGGGCCGGCUUGGUCCCCCUACUGUGGUGUUGGACCAUACGAGCGGUUUUGAGGGGCUCUUGCUGGUUGAUGAUGAUUUACUUGGGGUGAUUGGCCACAGUAACUUUGGCUCCAUCAGGGCCACAACGUGUGUGUAUAAAGGGAAAUGGAUUUAUGAGGUGCUCAUCUCCUCCCAGGGACUCAUGCAGAUUGGCUGGUGUACUCUCAGCUGCAGAUUUAAUCAGGAGGAAGGAGUUGGAGAUACGCCAGAUUCAUAUGCGUAUGAUGGAAACAGGGUGCGCAAGUGGAACGUGACUACGACCAACUAUGGCAAAUCCUGGGCAGCAGGAGACAUCGUCAGCUGUCUGAUAGACCUUGAUGAGGGCACCAUUGCUUUCUGCUUGAAUGGCAUAUCUCUGGGAACCGCUUUUGAUAACAUCACGAGGGGCACUGGAAUGGCUUACUUCCCUGCAAUCAGCCUGUCGUUCAAAGAGUCUGUUGCUUUUAACUUCGGGAGCCGUCCACUCCGUUAUCCAGUGGAAGGUUACCGCCCCUUGCAAGAUCCUCCUGUUGCAGACCUAGUGAAGGCUCGCAAGCUGUUAGGCUACUUGAAGAAUGUGAUCCAUAUCGGAAUAGAUGUGACAGAGGGGAAGCUGGUGGAGAAGGACACGUCCAUGUGGCAGCUGCAGGGAGAACCCACAGUGUUGAUUACAUUAGCCCACAUCUUCAAUUAUUUCUCCCCUCUUAUGUGCAAAGUGUACCUGGUCGAAGAUGUGCUCAUGACCUUCCUGUUGAGCAUUCUUGAGCGAGGAGGGGCGGUGGAGGCCCAUCCCCUUAUUCAGCAGCUGCUGGAUCUCAUGUGGCUUCUUAUGGAGGAGUAUGAAGUGCACGAGUGCCUCAAGCAGCUACUGAUGUCCCUGCUGCGGGCUUACAGGUUCUCCCCCAUCAUCCCAGACCUGGGAUUACAAAUUCACUACCUCCGGCUCACCAUUGCAGUCUUGAAGCAUGAGAAAUCCAGGAAAUAUCUACUCAGCAAUGUUCUCUUCGAUGUGCUCCGUUCCGUUGUGUUCUUCUACAUUAAGAGCCCGCUGCGUGUGGAGGAGGCUGGUUUGCAGGAGCUCAUUCCCACCACGUGGUGGCCAAACCGCUUCACCAAGGAGGGCAAGGAGAGUAAGGAGGUGAAGGAGGAGGGUGCUGAGGAGAGGCUGAGGCGGCGGGCAUAUGAAAGAGGCUGCCAGCGUCUCAAGAAACGCAUUGAAGUGGUGGAAGGUCUCCAGGUUCAGAUUCUGAAGCUGCUGUUGAACAACAAGGACAGAGGAGGGGGGGAAGCCUCCAGAUACAUCUUCCUAAACAAAUUCCGCAAGUUUCUUCAGGAGAACGCUAGCAACAGAGGGAACUUGACUGUGUUGUGCCCGCCAGAGUACAUGGUGUGCUUCCUGCACCGGCUUAUCGCUGCCCUGCGUUUCUUCUGGGAUGGCCACAAGGCGAAGGCCCCUGCUGCACUGAGCAGUGAAGAGGCAUAUGUCCCUCCUCAACUCUUCUAUAAUGGAAAGGUGGAUUAUUUUGACCUUCAGCGACUUGGAGGUCUCCUGUCUCAUCUUAAGAAGACUCUGAAAGAUGACCUGGCUGCAAAAGCCAAUGUCCUGAUCGACCCUGCGGAGCUGCAGGCAGUGACUAUGGACGAUCUCGAUGAAGAUGAGGAAUCAGCAACAUCGGCAGCACAGUCUCAGCGUCCCUCUGCCGCCCUGGCCAUUGGUGGAGCUCUUGCUAGACCUGGCUGGCUCAGCUCCCCCACCCUGGGCCGUGCCAACCGCUUCCUCAGCACAGCUGCCGUCAGCCUUAUGAACCCACGUCGGCCUCUUGGCACCCUAGAGAAGAUCAAAGUGCGCACGCUAAGUGUGGAGCAGCGGACAGAGGAGGACAUUGAAGGCAGCCAUGGAAAUGAGGGUCUCUUACUGGGCAGACCCCCAGAGGAGCCGGACCAGCCCAUCACAGAGAACUCCCUCCUGGAAGUCCUGGAUGGGAUAGUGAUGAUGUACAACCUCAGUGUCCACCAGCAGCUUGGGAAGAUGGUUGGUGUGUCAGAUGAUGUGAAUGAAUACGCCAUGGCACUGAAAGACACAGAGGAAAAAAUCAGCCGCUGCCCAAAGAGGAGGAGAGACAUCCAUGAGGAACUGCUGAAGAGCCAAAAGGUCUUCUCCGAGAAGCUCAACCACCUAAGCCGACGCCUCGCCUGGAUAAAUGUCACCAUUUAUUCAAAGGAGAAGAUGCAGGAUGUAUAUUGGCUGCUGCGAGUGUGCAUCCGCACUAUCGAGCAUGGCGACAGGACGGGCUCACUUUUCGCUUUCAUGCCGGAGUUCUACCUCAGCGUGGCUAUGAACAGCUACAGCGCACUCAAGAACUACUUCAGCCCUGUAAACAGCAUGGAGGAACUUCCAGGCUAUGAAGAGACCCUGAUGCGCCUUGCUGCCAUCCUGGCCAAGCAUUUUGCUGACUCAAGGAUUGUGGGCACGGAUAUCCGGGACUCCCUGAUGCAGGCGUUGGCCAGCUACGUCUGCUACCCCCACUCGCUGCGUGCUGUAGAGAGGAUCCCAGAAGAGCAGCGGAUCUCCAUGAUGAAGAACCUUCUGGCUCCCUAUGAGCAGCGACCCUGGGCACAGACCAACUGGAUCCUUGUCAGGCUGUGGCGGGGCUGUGGCUUUGGGUACAGAUACACACGGCUCCCACACCUGCUGAAAACCAAGCCUGAGGAUGCAAGCCUCCCCAGCUUGCAGA